AUGGCUCUUGGCACGGCGAGAACAACGUGGGGCCACGCGGAUGCUGCCCUGGCUGGCCUCUGCGCUGCCCUGCUGUGCUGCAGCCCCGUCUUGGGGGGCUCCCAGUUGGUGACAUUUUUCCCAGCCAUGCUAACUCUCCCAGUAGGUGGCUCAGCCACCUUCUUCUGCAACAUCUCCAUGAAGAACAUCUCCAGCUUGGAGUAUAGCCUCAACUGGUAUAAAGAGACCAACCACAGCCAGCCCCAAAAAAUUGCUGAAAUCAGUCGUAGCAACCCCCCUACGAAGACGGAGAAGUAUCUGCUCACAAACCACACCUCUGUCUUCAAGAUGGAGAUCCUGAACCUUCAUCAGAAUGAUUCGGGCUUCUACUACUGUGGGCUGAUUGCCUUCUUCCAAUCUGAUAAAGUGAUUGAGAGCAACCGGUCCCACCUCAUGGUCACAGCAGUUCCUGAGAAAACAAAUGCCACCGAUGAGCCUCAGAUAGAGGAAAGUGACCCCCCAGACCACAUCAAGGCUGUGCUUGUGGGCAUCCUGUUGCUGGGAGGUGCUGUUGUGCUCUUGAUCUUCGGCUACUUCACUGUCACGUACAGGAGAGGAGAUGUGCAAAAACCACCAAGUGAAAAUGCACCGAUGAAGGAGGAGAAGCCCCCUGUGGUGUCUGUGUCCACUGUGGACUAUGGUGUGCUGGAGUUCCAGUGGGACCAGCGCACACAGGCACCCCCUGAAAUGCAGCCAGCUGACCAGACUGAAUAUGCCACUAUCAUCUUCCCGGAGGAGAAACCAGUUACACCAGAGCGGGGGAAGAAAAACCAGAACCAGAGGAGCUGGCAAGUGCAGCCACAGCCCUGCUGAAGGGCUGGGAUCCCACAAUGCACCUUCUCCUAUCCUUGUGUUGCAACAGCCUCCCUG